UGACAAAGCGAAUGAUUUUUUUUCUCGGUCGAGAAUUAAAAUGCUCAGCGUAACGAAGGAACAACUAGCACAAUUUUCCUACAUUACAACGAAAUACCCGCGAUAGAGAACGAAAAUAGAUUUUUAUGAGAUGUCUAUACGUUCUGGGGUCUUGAUUUUGCGACGCACUUUCACUCUAGUAUUAGCUGUUGUUUUACCACCUUAUUUGUUCUCUGCGAGGCCGAUACAAUUUCAUUCUUUCGGUUCGGCAAUUUUUUAUCGUAAUACCAAUGAGAACGCGCAUUACAUGAUUUACGUCGUGGAAAUGAUUUUUGCGUCGAAAAGUCACGGAAAAGUCGCCGCGCGUCACGCGUCCGCGUUUUUUUAUCACCUGUGCGAAAUAAUCAAGCUUCAAGCUGGUUCGCCUUUUUAUUGUAUUUUACUUUUUGCAAUGCAGUCACGAUAUACAAAGGCGAGCUUUUUUCUCCACGGUCCAAUUGUCGCUCUAUGUAUAUCGGGGGAAAAGUUAUGUAAACGGAACAAAAGGAUGAAAAAAAAAACGACGCAAAAAUCUAACGCCGAAACGAUCAAGCGAAGCAAAAUCAGUAAUGCCGCGUAUAUAAUAUAUCUCGUACUCUCUGUGAAGCCAUGAGUCACUUCUGCGGCAACGAGCUUAGUCUGCAUAUGCUCAUCGGAAUGUUUGUCACGAGCAAAGCCUAGAGAUGAUAAUUCACGUACAUUCACGCGAGGAUGGAGAUGGAAAAAUGGAAAAGCGCAUUUUAUGCGUUCUCGCGCGUACGAGUCUCGCGGACGAAGACGACACGUGCCGAAACAAGCGCAAAAACGGAAACUGCCAGAGCAAUGCCAUGAUCGUCGAAUUGAAUUAAUCUACUCGUUCAACUCAAUAGUUGCAUACGUUUUAAACUUGAGAUGCUGCUGCAUAUACCGGCUGCUUUUUAUCAUUAUUCUCGAGUUUAUUUUACUUCGUACUUCCUAUAUAAACAAUUGAUCAUUGCAAGUGAAUGGGUAGACGAGCACUAAAGCUUUUAAGCUAUGUAAAUACAUCUACCACCUACCCUAAGAAUUUGGGAAUAAUAUUGGCAUCUAAAGUGUUCAAAUAAGUGUUGAGCAUCUGUACUCGGUAUCGUUAAGUUCCUAUAUUCUUUCCGAUUCGUUCCAAGUGUUGUCAACCACAUAGAUGUAUUUAUGGUUUAGUUGAAAAAAAAAUGAUACGUAAUUGAAACUGCAAUUGCGCAAAAGAUGCGCAACCGCGUGGAGUAUACUCGUGUUCAGUUGGCUAACUAAUAGAAAGAAAGAGUAAUUAGUUUGCCUCGUGCAUAUCUAUCAACUAUACAUCGCGGUGAACGUAUUUAAAUAGUCGAGGUAAGCUCGCACGCGAUGCUCUCGCCGCGGAGAAACUUGCGCGCGAUUGAUUAGCUCCGCUUUCGAGUUCAAAAGCAAAUGCAUCGAACCGUGCAACCACAACUCCUAAUCGCUUUGGCUUUUGAUGAGCGAUCAUGGAACUGCUAAUGCCAACGGUUUCCGACGUCAUCUUCAAAUACACGUGGCCAAUAGCCAAUUACAAAAAGACAGUUUCGAAGAAAAAGUCCAUCGAAAGUCCAAGCUUUGACAUCAACGUUAAUGGCAUUCAUAGCACUUGGAACAUGUCCAUCAGAUUUUGGAAAGGACCUAAUGGUAAAAGAUUAACGAAUCCAGUUGUCCUAUGCUUAAAUAUCCUCAAUUGCCGGAUCGACGAGGCCGAGCAGGCGAAGAUUCGCUACCAAUUCGCCGUCUUCAACGCGGACGUGAAUUAUUGGGAGUACUGCAGCGUCAAUCGUACGGUUAUGGAGCUGCGCUCGACUGACCAGCUGGUGUCGAUUGGGCAUCGAGACCUCAGUAUCGAGGGUCGCCAUUUGACCAAGAAGAGUCACGCCAGUAGCGGUGAACUGUCAAUACUCGUUAAAAUACAAAUUAUCCAGUAUUGCGAGAGCGAGAAGCACAAUUUGUCGCAGGACAUGUCGCGAUUACUAAAACACCAGCAGGCGAUCGAUACUCUAUUGAUCUGCGCCGGGGAUGAUAAAACGAGCGAGAAGGAUGUUACGGAGAUGCCGGUGCACAGAUGCAUUAUCGAGGCGAGAAGUCUCGUUCUGACUGACAUGAUAAGAGCCGUGACGGACGAAGAGCGCAAGGAAACUUCGGACGAUUCCGGAAAGGAUUACUGCCCAGAGAAUAUCAAGUACAAAUUAGAACUACUCGAUUUGUCGAAAGAAGUAGCCACGGAGCUCUUACGUUACAUCUACACUGAUCACGUGGACAACAUGGAUAAUUUGGCUGAACCUCUACUUUCUCUAUCUUUGCGGUUUAGGUUGCAAGGGCUGAAAGAAUUGUGUGAGAGAAGUUUGACCGAGUCUAUAACACCGGAGAACGUGGCUACAAGAUUAUUAUGGGCCGAUGAAUAUGAUUGUGAACAUCUUAAACGAGCCGGUCUUGCAUACUGUGAGGAAAAUGCGAUGAGCAUUACGAAGAAUUUUGCUUGGAAAAUGAUGGAACAAGUCAAUCCUGAGCUAUUCAACGAGAUUUGUGACAGUAUCGGAAGUUCAAAAUCUAGCGUGGACGAUAGUGAAUUGAGCAAUUGAAUAUUAAUACUUGUUUUGAAAAAAAAAAGAUGUAUUGUGAUGACCAAAUUAUUCCCCUGAACUUGUAAAUAAUGAACUUAAAUUUUUAAAUCAAUACAAUAAUACUUUAAUUAUGUGGUAAAUAAUAUGCAUGCUGCUAAUAAAUGAUUAAGUUUAUAGAAA